AUGGAUGGACUUCAUUCUCAAAACUUACAAUAUUUGGAAACCCUAUGUCAAGACCUCUAUAACCCAAAAACUCAGGAACAGCGCACGAACGCAGAAAAAUUAUUAGAUUAUGCUCUCCCGCCUUUCUCUGAUACUGCAAGAGUGCCAAACGGUAGCAACUCACCAGUGAACCCCCUUGGGAUAGUUAUUCAGACACCAGCCGAAUGCUCGCUUUAUUGUCAAAUGCUGCUACAAAAGUCUAAUUCGCCUUAUGCUCAAAUGUUUGCUUCGGCAAAACUCAAAAAUUUGGUCUUGGAUCAUUUCUCAACGUUCUCUUUGCCUCAAAAGAUAGAAUUGAGAAAUUUUGUGCUGAAUUAUAUGGGACAGCAUCCAGAUCUACAACCAUUUGUCAUUGCAUCGUUAGCACAACUGUUUGCUACUAUCACCAAAGUCGGGUGGUUUGAUAAUGAGGAUUUUAAGAAUGUCACGAGCGAUUUGUCAAGUUUUUUACAGGCGACUGUAGAUCAUAGAAUUAUAGGUUUACAGAUAUUGGGUCUAGUAGUUGAAGAAGUCAAUCUAUCCACGAAUCAUGCAAGAAAUUUGACCAAACAAAGAAAAAUAGCCUCAGGAUUUAGAGAUGCUGAACUAUUAGAUUCUUUCCGUUUGGGGCUGAAUAUAUUGCGACAAUUAUUGAAUGGUGAAGUGCCAUUCACUAAUGCUCAACAGGAAAUAAGGAUGAAAGAAAACUGUUUGAUCUUGCUACGCAACUGCUUAUUAUUCGAUUUCAUUGGGACGACUCCCGAUGAGUCUUCGGAGGAUGCCGGAAGCGUUCAAAUCCCUGCUUCCUGGCGUACUACAGUAGAAGAUCCCGCCUUUCUCCAAACAUUGUUUCAAGCAUAUAAAACAUUUCAACCCCCAUUGUCCAAUAAGGUUAUGGAAGUACUCGUGCAAGUAUCCUCUAUUCGUCGGUCUCUGUUUAAUGAAGAAGAACGCGCAAAAUUCAUUCAUGGAAUUAUGCAAGGAACAACAGAAAUACUUAUGCAAUCUAUCCACUUGGAUGACCUUAGUAGUUAUCAUGAGUUUUGUCGGGUACUCUCUAGAUUCAGAUCAACCUAUCAAUGGUCUGAAAUCUCUGAGAAACCAGGAUAUGGUGAAUGGAUAGAUCUGGUUGCUGGUUUUUCGAUUAAAGGAUUUGAGGCUUGGCAGUUGGCUCCAAGUAGUGUUGAAUACCUGAAUAUUUUUUGGGCCAAAAUGCUAUCCUCUAAUGGAACAUCUCGUGGUUCCAAUGGCAAUCGACUUGAAUUAAUAGCAUCCCAGCUUACACGCACAUUCAUAUCCUCAAAAGUGGAAUCCGUUGCUUCGUUAAUAGAAGGCUCGACUUUGACUGACGAUCCAUUAGAGAAUGAAGAUGCACUCGUUACUGAUUUGGAAAUGUUUGCUCAUAUUGCCAGAUGCAAAUAUGACGAAUCUGCCGGAAUAAUUAUAAGCAUUUUCGAUCCUAUCGCGAGAGAAUACCAAGAGCUUAUUCAGCAAGCUUCAAGUGGUCUAAUUAACCAUUCUCUUACAUCUGCUAUGGAAGUUAUUGAAACUAAAUUUGCGUGGCUGGUGUACAUAAUUGGUGCCGUUAUUGGAGGUCGGCAGACUUAUAUCAGUACUGAGGAUCAAGAUAUUUUAGAUGGUAAUUUGAGCUGUAAAGUUUUACAACUUAUGAACGUGAAUCAAUCAUAUAGUUCACCACAAGGCGGCAAUUGUGGAUUUGAAAAAUUGGAAUUAGCUUUUAUUUAUUUCUUUCAGCAAUUUCGCAAAAGCUAUAUUGGUGAAAGCACUACACGUAUAUCUAAAGUAUACAGCAAACUAUCUACACUUCUCGGAAUUAAUGAUCAAAAUAUGCUCCUGAAUGUGAUAGUUCAAAAAAUAGCGACUAAUCUCGAAGUCUGGGCGACGCGAUCAAAAGUUGUCACUAAAAGUAUAAAUCUCUUUAAUGAUUUAUCUGGCGGGUAUAGUAUUGUGAGACUUCUCCGAAACCUCGAAACCGUACAAUAUAUUAUCCAAAAUCAUAAUGGCAAAAAUUUCCCUUUUCUCGAUGUAUCUGACAAUCAACGGAUCCGUAUGAUUUAUUACUCGGCAUUAUCGAGAAUCAUAUUCUCUGAAGACAAUCCAGAAAAAGAUUUUGAAGAGUUUGUAAAACCGUGGGAUAUGACAUUUCAGGAACUAGCGUCGUUGAAUUCGCUCGAAGCGUACAGACAGCAAGCUGUAAAGGCGACGUUAUUAGGUAUAUUCCGAGAUUUACGAGGAUUCAUUCUCGCUAUAUCAGGACGCAAAAAUUUUUUAGUAUUUUUCGAAUGGUUCUAUCCAAAGCAUAUGCAAAUUCUCUUGCAUGCUUUAGAGGCUUGGGCUGAUGAUCCAUUGGCAAUUUCGAUACUCAAGUUCUUUCAUGAGUUUGUCUAUAACAGGUCAAACAGGUUGACUUUUGAUAUAUCGUCUCCUAAUGGGAUACUUAUGUUCAGAGAAACAAGCAAAGUGUUAUGCACAUAUGGUGCCCAAUGGCUAAGACGUCCUACAAUAAGUACUGACAAGUAUACCGAAAAAUAUAAAGGAGUGUCUGUAUGCUUUAGCAUUCUAAUGAAGUCAUUUGUCGGACGUUACGUCAAUUUCGGCGUGUUUGAAUUAUAUGGUGAUAAAGCUCUGGAAUUGGCAUUAAAGACAACUUUUGAUUUGAUCAUCAAUAUACCUUUUGACGAUAUAAUUGUCUAUCCUAAACUCUCACGGGCAUUCUACGAGCUGCUUGACACAUUUAGCAAUGAACAUAUGAUGACAUUGACGGAGAUGAGCUCUGAUACAUUCUUAUAUAUAAUGCGGGCUCUCGCUGCAGGGAUUCAAGAACUUGAUAUCCUUACUAAUUUCAUUAUACUUUAA